AUGGCUUCUCGCGCCUCCUCGUCCACACGGGCUCUUGCCCGUGCGUCUCAGCUGCGUCGCUCGUCGGCACCGGCUGCCCGGCGAUCGCUCGCUACCGUCGCCUCCUCGCUGUUCCCUGGCGAGCCGUCGACACCGCACCUCGUCUCCCCGGCCAUUCCUGGACCCAAGUCCAAGGAGCUCAGCGAGCGCAUCGGCUCGUUCCAGGAGAACCGCGCGCACGGCUUUGUGGUCGACUAUGCCAAGUCGCAAGGCAACUGGAUCGCCGAUGCCGACGGAAACGUGCUCCUCGACAUGUUUGCACAGAUCGCCUCCAUCGCCAUCGGCUACAACAACCCGGACCUCAUCGCGCUCGCCAAGACCGACGAGUUCAUCACCGCGACCAUGAACCGCGCCGCCCUCGGCUCGUUCCCCCCGACCAACUGGCAGGAGCUCGUCGAGACCGGUCUGGGCACCGUGCGUCCCAAGGGGCUCAACCAGAUCUUCACCGCCAUGUGCGGCAGCUGCGCCAACGAGAACGCUUUCAAGGCUUCCUUCAUGGCUUACCGUGCGCGCGAGAGGGGCGAGCAGGCCCAGUUCACGCCCGAAGAGAUGCAGAGCUGCAUGAAGAACCAAUCGCCCGGCAGCCCCGACCUGUCCAUCCUCAGUUUCACCAGCGCCUUCCACGGUCGGCUCUUUGGCUCGCUCUCCGCCACGCGCUCCAAGGCGAUUCACAAGCUCGACAUUCCGUCGUUCAACUGGCCCGUCGUCGCGUGGCCCGACGUCAAGUACCCCUUCUCCCAGAACGCUCGCGAGAAUGCCGACGCCGAAAAGGCGGCGCUGGCAGCUGUCGAGGAGGCCAUCGUCAACUCGACCAAGUCGGGCUCGGCACAUGGUCCCGUGGCGGCGCUCAUUGUCGAGCCCAUCCAGUCCGAGGGCGGCGACAACCACGCCUCGCCCGCCUUCUUCCAGGGCCUGCGAGACGUCACCAAGAAGCACGGCGUGUUUAUGAUCGUCGACGAGGUCCAGACGGGUGUAGGCGCGACGGGCGCAUUCUGGGCACACGACAAGUGGAACCUCUCGAGCCCACCGGACUUUGUCACCUUCUCGAAAAAGAUGCAGGCGGCGGGCUUCUACCACAACCUCGACACGCGCCCCUCGCUGCCGUACCGCAACUACAACACGUGGAUGGGCGAUCCGACGCGCACGAUGCAGGCGCGCCAGAUCAUCCACACCAUCAAGGACCACGACCUGGUCAAGCGCACCGACGACGUGGGCAACUACAUCCACGCUGCGCUCGCCGACAUGAUCGAGAACGGCGCCGGCCGCGGCAAGGUGGAGAAGCUGCGUGGCGAGAAUGCAGGCACGUUCAUCGCCUUUGACGGCGUCACGCCCGAGACGCGCGACAAGCUCAUCCUCGAGAUGCGCAAGCAGGGCGUCCACAUGGGCGGCUGUGGCGACAAGGCGGUGCGUCUGCGCCCGAUGCUCGUGUUUGAGCGCAAGCACGCCGACCUUUUCCUGGAGCGUCUCGAGAAGGCGCUCGGACAGCUCUGA